UCAAGUUGUAUGACCGGGUCUUAGUAAAUGUUUUUGUGUCGACGUUUCAUCCAGACACCAAUACUCAUGGUUAGACUGUGUUAGUAUUCAAGAUACUUCUUUAGGACUAAGUCAUUAAAUUCAUCGAGUGGGAUUUGCAUUAAGAUUUAGUCGUGGUCAAGUUGUGUGACCGGUUCUUGGUUGUAAUAUUACACGUGUGUGAUGUCACGUGAUUAUAGAUAGAUGGAUAUAUAUAAACGUAACACGUGGGAUAACGAACACAUAUAACAAACAAAGGAAUUAUAUUUGUGAAACUGAGGAACAAUAGUCAAUUUAUGCUAAGACUUCAAGUGGAAUAAAUUUCAGACUGUAAUUGUUGAAUCCGGAAUUUUAAAUCGAUUUCCAAAGUUCCUGUUUAUUGAGUAUCGAUCGGUUAACUGUUUUAAUCGAUGUUUUUAGUUUGAUCAGCAUCCAUUAAUUAACCACAUUGUUUAUCUGGAUUUGUCUUUCGUUCCGUUAAGUUUCAUUAAAAGAGUGGAUUAAAGUAACAGGGGCUGGAAGAUAGAAGCUAUCCCGACUAAUCAUUACUGGAAAGUUUGGAGAGCCUGGCUUUACAAAUGAAAAAUAGAUAUGGCUGUUUAUAAAAGCGAAAGUAUAAUCUGUUUGUAACGGCCAAUGUGGCCUACAUCUGAAAGAUGUUUGGUUUGAGGUCUCCUCUGACAGACUCGCUAUCAGCUUCUGAAUUUGACAAUGUCAACAAAAUAUUCAGUCAAAGUUCAUUUACUGAACCAGUGUAUCAAACAUCACCAUAUUUGGAAAAAGCGAAUGAAGACGGAGAACUCUUCUGUGUGGAGGUAGAUAGAGCUGUGAUAAAAGACACUGACAGCGAUGUGACUGGUGAUCUAUGGGGAGAUAACCAAUCGGUCAAUAGUCGGUUUCCGUGUUCGAACAGUGAGGAUACAGGUUACUCAAGUGACACCGAUUUACAGCCAGCCCCCAAAACAGAAAAAUCUUCGAAAAAAAUCAAUAAGUUUUCUCGGCUGUUGAAGAAAAAGGAGUUACGUCUUUUUAGUGAGUCAAAUAUCGAUGACAGCAUAGACAGUUCGAACUGUGAUUGUGCCGACUGUAAAACGGUUGCCAUGACAAAUGUUAAAAAUGUGCUAUUAUUGGUUGAUCCGAAUUCUAAACGCCACGCCCGAGGAGAUGAAGUUUGUGUUACACGAAGUAUAUGUGAACAUGUUUUAGGUAUAAUACCUGGUUACCAUGGACAACAGUUUUCGUAUAAUGGAGUACAGGAACCUGUUUAUAUAAAAGCUCUUUCACCAGACGGACCAGCUAUCAAGGUCAAAGAUGUCAGAAUAGGUGAUUGGUUGAAGUGUAUUAACGGACAUGAAGUAACAAGAAAUAAUCUAGAUAUUUUAUUAUCAACGAUAUCAUCAACUUGUAACGUCAGAAUAACACUACAAUCGAUGCCUGCUUUACAAUCAAUAUAUCGACCUCGACCUUUAACCUCUGACACAGAUCAACUAGUUUCUAUGGUAACGGGUGAUGAUGUAGAUGAGGAGGGGUGUGUUAGCAAUGGGUCAUAUGUUUUAUACACAUCACUAGAGGGCGUUCAGUCUGAGAACAGUAAAGAUAAGGAUGAUCUAGUCUAUCACUACCCUGAUAACGAAGGCUUACUAUUGGCGAUGCGAGGAAUGUUUUAUACUCUAUGUCAUACAGUUAAAGAUUUUACACAUACCAGUAUUCAAACUUCGUGUAUUGUUAUAGAAGGAGAAGUUUAUAAUAUCUGUUAUCAUAUGGAAGGAGAAGAUUUACUAGUUUUUGCUGUUUCUCAGAAAAGAAUAUCUAGUUAUUUAUUAAAUGUUUUAAAAGAUGAAUUAGUGCGGUUAUUACAAGUUUUAUUCGGUUCUGUUGACAGUGCUUUUAAAAACAACAAACAUCAUAAACAGUUAAAUCAUAUACUGGGAGUUAUAUUCCGAUGUCAGCUUGAUACGGACAUUAACAAAUUUAGUUCUAUAAAUAGAUUAUUAUGUCAUACACCACAUGUGCAAUAUUUACCUCUUCCCUCAGAUAUAAUGCUCAAUUUAAGUAAUAUUCUCAGUGAAUUUGAAGCAGGGGAUUUUGUUGAUAUGUCUGAUAGUUACUAUGGUUUAAGAAGAUCUUAUUCAAUAUUAGGAUCCUGUCUUUUUUACAAAGAUUAUUUGUUAUGUAGUCAUUUAAAUAAAGAACAUUUGAUCGAUAUCCGCCUGUAUCUACAAUAUCAUGGAUUACUUUCCCUUACCAGUAAAUGUCCUCUCAAUCAGUUAGUGAUAUGGCGGGAAGUAUAUCCCACACAGUUCUGUAACGAUGUGUCAGGUAUCAACAACGUGUUCGGAUAUUCGGAACCCGAUGCAAGGUGGUUUCUACUGAUAGUCGGACUGAAAUACAGUAUUUAUGCAGUUUUACUUGAGGCUGGUGGUUGUUCUGUUAGACGUCAAGGUGCUACGUUACCUGACCCGUUUUACAUUGAUCAGGCUAAAUCAACUUUAUUACAGACGUUGACCAUUAAUUAUACCAGUAUUAUAGAAUCCAGAUUAAAUGGUAGUGGUUUACCAACAGUGAUAAAUGUAGAUAAUGUUCACCAGAAAGGUCGAGGUCUGUCAGAUAUCAGUUUUCCUCUCUCCAAAUCAGGUUAUAAACGACAAGAUGAUAGUGAUCUACCUCCACGAUAUCCUAGAGUUACCUCCCCUAGACAAGAUAUAUUGCAUCGUAAAUCAUCUAUAGACUCAGAUGCAUCCAGUGGUAGCAGUAGUGACAGCCUAUUUAAGAGUUCUCGUACCAGUCGUUUAUUUGGUGAUGUUCACAAUCCUGUAAUAAACAGCAGAUGGUUGGACGAUAGGAGUUUUAAGUUAUCACAAGGGGCAGAUAACUGUGUAUUUAACUUCUGCUGUAUGGACAGUAUAGAGGGUAUAUAUAUCAGUAACAUACAGAGACCUGCAGCAGUAGUUAGUAUAAACCAGACAAAUCUAAUGGACAACUUCCAUAGAUGCUGUUGUCAGCUUCGGAAAAUGUUCCAUGAUUCUAAGGUCCUGAAGAAAUUAGCGACAGGUGAGAAAGAGCCGUUAUUUUAUCCUGAUGAUAAUCUGGUUGAUGUUAAAGAACAUGGCGUAUUGUUUACUUGUCAACCGGUUACCAUGACACCAGAUUCUAAAAAACAUAAACAAUCAUUUACCUACUGGGUUGUAGGACGCAAAAUCACCCGUGGCAACAAGAAAGAAAUGUAUGUUUGUUUCCUUGAUUCAACUCCUCAGAACGUCAUUGAAAUGGCCUUUACAUUAGGAUUCAGUAAAACAUGUUUUUAACAUUGAAAUGGCUUUUACAUUUACAUCAUGUUAUCUCAUUAGUCCGUCAUAAUACAUUGAUCCACCAUGUUACCUCAUGGUCUGUCAUGUUACCACAUUGGUCUUUCAUUUUACCACAUUGGUUUAUCAUGUUACCUCACCAGUCCAUCAUGUUACCUCACCGGUCAAUCAUGUUACCCCAUCGAUCUAUCAUGUUACAUUAUUAUUUUGUCAUGGCUGAUCCAUCAUUAGUCCUUCAUGUUACCACAUCAGUCCAUCAUGUUACAUCACCAUUCCAUCAUGUUACCAAGUUAGUAUGUCAUGUUAUCUCAUUGGUCCGUCAUGUUAUCUCAAUUGUCCAUCAUGUUACCUCAUUAUUCUGUCAUGUUACCUCAUUAUUCCUUCAUGUUACCUCAUUAUUCCUUCAUGUUACCCAUUAUUCCAGCAUGUUACAUCACUGAUCCAUCACAAGACCCUCAUGUUACCUGAUUAGUCCAUUAUGUUACCACUGCCUCAUUAGUCCACUGUGUCACAUCUUUAAACCAUGAUAACAAUCCAUCAUGUUACCAUGUAUCAUGUUACAUCAAAAGUAGACCUUGCUACCAUGCCAGUUACAUAUCCACCCCAUAUACCCCUGGCUUAUUACCAUCUUCCUGUUACACUCCUGCCUUAUUAUUGUUAUUGUUGUUAAAGAGUAAACUGUGUGUUAUUGUUGAAGAUAAGAGAGUAUAUUAUAAUUAUUGUUAUUGAUAAUUGUUGAGCCACCAUUUAAUAUUAAAGAUGCAUUAUGUAAGAGUGAGAUAAAGAGCUGACAGUUUUUGCUAUAAUAGUUCAAAAAGUAGAUAAUAAAAAAGGAAUAUAUUGAAAAUUGUAGUCAAAUUACUUUAUUUUGAGUGAAGUUUUGUUAAGAAUAGCCUAAUUUCUAUUCAUUUCAUUGUUACUAUAAUAAACAAUUAAAUUUAAAUUAUAUUAAUAUUUCAAUCCAUUAAAAAUUAUGACCAUCCGUUGGUAUAGAGAGUAGAUUAUGGGCUUGUCAUGUGAAUAAAUGUGUAAUUAAUAGGCCAAAAGAAAGACCUACAAUAGGCAGAUAUAGCUCUUACAUUAUAAUGCAUCUUUAAGUUGAUAUGGGAGGCAUUCAAAGACAUAUUGACCUUGAUCUUCUUUACAUUCCGUUUCAUCCAUAGUCAUCUUCUUCGGUAGCUAUUAUUCAUAGCUAUACAAACUCUACAUCUACUUUAAGAAUAGUUCUGAAUGGCUGCCAUAUUAAAAAACACUUGUCUCUACUUAAAGAUAUAAUGAUGACCAUUGACAGAAAGUUAUGGAUAAAUAUAACAGAUGUACUAUUUAGAAUCUAUCUGUUAAUAUGUAAUGAUGUUAAGUUUGUUAAUAAAAUUGUUAUUAUUGUUU